AUGGGCUUUUUCAAAAGGUCAGUGUCUUAUGAAGGCAUGGAUUGCCUUAAAGACAUGGAUAAGAAGGAAUACAUGGCAGCAAUGCUGCUUCUGCAGAAAGAGAUACCGUGGGCUGACCAAACAAGUUAUGGUAAAUAUACGGUUUACUUUGGUGUCGUUGUAAUAUUCCUUGCAACGGUAAAAUCUUUGUGGUAUAGAUAUAGAGACAGAGCUUAUAAACAAGGGAGAAGUCUUACAUGGUUUGGAUCAUUAUUAGAUGUAAUAAUGUCAUAUCUGAGAUACUUAGGCUAUAAGCAGGUCCCUAGAAAAAUACGUUAUUUCACCUCUUUACCUCCGUCCUUGGGUUCGAGCUUGUUUUAUUUCGCCAGCUCUUUAUAUUUGUUUUGCUAUUGCUUAGUUCCACAUUUUUGGUACAGAGACUGUGCUGGUUUUGGAUCACCGCCAUUAGCUGUUAGAUCAGGUAUUAUGGCUACUGCUUUGACUCCUUUUAUCUAUGUUUUAUCAGGAAAAUCGAAUGUAGUUACCUUGUUGACGGGCAUUAGCUAUGAGAAAUUAAACACGCAUCAUCAAUAUGUGGGAGUAUGUGCAUUUAUCUUGUCUAUCAUCCAUACUAUCCCCUUUAUAUACCAAAGUUUACAUGAAGGUGGUGCAAAGAAUUUACAUGUACAGUACUCAACUAAUGUUUAUUACAGGACAGGCAUAGCACCAUUAGUAUUAUUAGGUUGGCUAUGUAUUGCAUCAAAGGCUUGCAUCCGGAAUAUACUUUAUGAAGGCUUUCUUCAUCUUCAUUGGCUAUGUGGAAUUGCAUACUUUGGCACCUUGAUUUGGCACAUAGAUAAGAGCUUGGGUUGCGACGAUUAUAUGUGGGGUGCUUUAGCAUUUUGGGCUACCCAAAUCAUUUACAGAAUUUUGGUGAAGACGGCAUUCAGACCUAACAGUUUAUUCAUGAGACCAAGAAGGGCUCUCCUUCGAAAGAUUAAUUACAAUUCAUACGAAAUUGUCAUUGAUAAUACAAAGGGAAGCCUAAAGUGGUCCCCAGGGCAGCACUGUUUUCUAAGGUUUAUUGGAAAGAAAUUCAUAGAUAAUCAUCCAUUUUCGAUAAGCUCCAUUCCAAGUGAAGAUCAGAACGAAAUGAAAUUCAUCAUUGUGCCUAAGAAGGGCUUGACGAGAGAUUUGUUUAAUCAGCUUGAUGAAAAUAGCCAAGUGCCUAAAAAAGUUUACAUUGAUGGUCCGUACGGUGGAUGCUCUAGGGAUGUUACAGCUUUUGAAAACGUUAUUUUAAUUUGCACUGGAAGUGGUGUCUCAGCUACGUUACCCUUCCUAUCAUAUAUGGCUAAUACGUUUUCGCAAUCAAAGAAUGAAAAUAUUACCCUUCCGCUAAGAAAUAUACACUUCAUCUGGAUUAUCCGUCACCGUUCAGACUUGGAUUGGAUUGCGAGCGAGCUCAAUAGAUGCAUCGAUGUGCUAGAUGGUUUUAUUUCUGUUGAUAUCUACGUAACUCGGCCCGAAGAAAAAGAAGAGCACAACAUAGAGAAAGAGAAGGAUCCAAUGAAAGCUGACUUAGAGAUCGUAGGAAGUCCAACAGAAAAGAUCCUGCCUUUUGUUAGCAUUCAUUAUUUUAAGCCUUCAGUAAUGAAUAUUGUUUCCCGAUCUAUGCUAUUGAGGAGGAACUUCAUUGCAAGCUCUGGUAGUGACUCCAUGAGAUGUGAAGUCAGUAAGUCCGUAUCAAGGUUACAGGCUCAUAUAUUCAAUAAUGAUAUAAAUAAGGCUUUUAUUGAAGAAAUUUUUCUUCAUACGGAAACAUUUGGCUGGUAG